CUACGCGUGUCUCUGCACGACUUCGUGGCAUUGCUGCGGAAAAUGCACCCCAUCGCACCGAUUCAGAGCCUCUGAGCGAAGCCGAUGCAAAGAAAAAGGAAGAAUCCAAACGCGUCGAUAAACUCGAGGAUGCAAAGCAAAAAGAAUUCAUGCAAAUACUCGACGACAUGCGUCGGUUUCCCAACUUGGAGCCUCAAGAUAAAAAGCCGGUCAAGAAAGAGGAUCAGGAUGCACAAGAACGGUUGCGUGACCAGGUUGGAAAGUUGGAGGUUAAGCAUACAUGGGCUACCGUCAAGGUCACGCCUGAACGGAUCAAUGGUUGUUUAUUUCAUCCAUCCAGUGGCAAGAUUUUGGCGUGUGCAGCAGACGUUUCUGGUUCGCUUGGUUUCUGGGAUGUGAACAGUAGCAAAAAGGAUGAGGAUGAUGAAGACGAGGAACCGGUUGUGUAUACGUAUCGUCCCCACACGCGUGGUAUCACCAAUAUGUUAUUCAAUCCAACGGAUAGCAACAAGCUGUACACAUCCUCGUAUGACGGUACAUUGCGGUAUUUUGAUAUGAAAAGCGCUAGUUUUGGACUUGUGAAUAUGGGUGGCGAGAAAAUCCCUUUCACAAGUUUCGAUAUGACUCAAGAUGGCCACAAUGUCUGGUAUUCUACAUCUGAAGGUCAAGUUGCAUUCCGCGAUCUCAGAGCCAAGGAUGGCCCAACAGACUUGGAUUUUCAUCAAUUACGCGACAAAAAGGUUGGCUGCGUUCACCUGAACCCUGAAAUCCAGAACCUGUUGGCUGUUGCAAGCAAUGAUCGCACCAUGACCGUGUGGGACAUCCGGUCGCUCUCCGAACCCAUGCAUGAAUUUGGACACGGUUAUUCAGUAACAAGCGCAUUCUGGUCUCCACGUGGUGAUAAACUGGUCACUGCAUCCUACGAUGACUAUAUCCGAGUGUUCGACUUUGAUACUAAAAAGAGUGACAUGAAGUUACAAUCGGCUAUACGGCACAACAACCAUACUGGAAGGUACAACUUUUUUUUGUCGUCACUGAAACCACAACAAACAAACGAAUGGACAACGACAGACUUAUUCUUGGCACACGCACACUUUAGAUGGGUGACCAACUUUCGAGCCCGAUGGAAUCAAGGAGCAAAGGAACAUCAACAUUUCUUGAUCGGCAACAUGAAGCAUCCGGUCGAUAUCUUUUCGGGCGAGACCGGUGGUGAAAUUGGCGAACUGUAUGACGCUGAUCGAAUUACGGCUAUCCAGGCUGUAGCUCAAUUCCAUCCCACAGCCGAGAAUAUGACUGUUGUGACAGGAAAUGGUAGUGGAAGAAUGGUGUGCUACUCUUGAUUGCUAUUCAAACGAGAGCGAACAAACCAAAUCUAGAGCUAUUCCAUAUCUAUGUGCAUACAAACAACCUUCAUUUGCCUUAACUGUUGUUGGGUUGCAUAAUAAUAACAAUAAUACCGCCACCCUCGACUACCGGUAUCCAGCAACAACAACAAGGAGUAUCAUGACAAUUUAAUUUAAUAUACUGCAUUACAACAUUAUAUCAUUCAAUACCUGC